AGUGUGCUUGUAACGCGUGCAUCGUAUAAGUAUAUGAGUAAUAAAUAAUCGUCCCUUUCAAAUAUUUCAACGCAGUUUUCUCAUCCGAAAUAGUUCUUUAGUGUGAUACGAUUCCUGCACAGUUUUCGACAAGUGCAGAGCACGAGGCGUCAGUCCUCGAGACGCAAACAUGGAUCAGAUACCGCGAACUCGAGAAGAUAUUGAGGCGCAGAUACGAGACAUACAGGAGAAGAAGAAAACUGCAAAAGCUAAUGCUGUUGAAGAAGAUCAGGUAGCUCUAGGCAAAACUGGAUUCUAUGAUCAAGAUAUCUACGAUGGGACGAACAAUAAGUUUGAUGGCUACGUCACAUCCAUUGCAGCUAAUGAUGAAGUUGACGAUGAAGAUUACGAACCAAGUACAUUUAGUACAAACAAGAGGGGUUUCAAUGCUCCAGCUGCAUUACUCAACGAUGUUGCACAGAGUGAAAAGGAUUAUGAUCCCUUUGCGGACAGAAGACGACCAACAAUUGCUGACAGAGAAGAUGAAUAUAGGCAAAAAAGGCGGCGGAUGAUUAUUUCACCGGAGCGUGUUGAUCCAUUUGCAGAAGUGACGGUCUGCACAUGUGGAAUCAUCUGCUUAUCCUGGAUACUAAGUCGAAGAUGUCAAGUAUUUUACAAACUGGAUGAUAUGAGCAGGAGAGUGCUCUGCCUGUGGCACCAAAACUCCACGUGGAAAGACUCCAGAUGUCGGAUCAAGGACAUACACAGAAAUUAUGAAAGAACAGCUCCUAAAAGGAGAAGAAUCAGAACUGCGUAAGAAAAUAGCUGAGAAAGCUAAAGAUGGAACUCUUAAAACGAACGGAGAAGCAAAAGUAGCUCCCAAGAAACGUGGUCGUUGGGAUCAAACAGAUGAUACGCCAACCGCUAAAAAGCCGACUGCAGGACUUGGCACAGCAACAACCCCGACAUCAUGGGAUAAUGCAGAUGUCACACCAGCUGUUGUAAGGUGGGAUGAGACUCCCGGCCAUGGCAAAGGAGGGGAAACACCCGGGGCCACACCAGGAGUGAGCACAAGAAUUUGGGAUGCAACACCUGGUCAUGCAACUCCCGGUGCAACAACCCCAGGGAGAGAAACCCCUCUUGAAAAAGUAGUUUCUAGUCGAAGAAACAGAUGGGACGAAACUCCCAAAACAGAAAGAGAAACCCCUGGUCAUGGUAGUGGGUGGGCCGAGACACCAAGAACCGAUAGAGUAGCUGGAGAUUUAAUACAAGAAACACCGACGCCGUCUGCGAGUAAGAGAAGGAGUCGUUGGGAUGAAACUCCUACUCAAACUCCUGGAUCCAUGACGCCGCAGACUCCAGCGACGCCUUUGACUACUCCGCAUCAAACUUCUAUUUUGACACCUAGUGGCACAACUCCAAUCGGUUCAAAAGCCAUGGGAAUGGCCACUCCAACACCCGGACAUCUCAUGUCAAUGACACCAGAACAGCUCCAGGCUUACCGAUGGGAGCGGGAAAUAGACGAGAGAAAUCGUCCCUUAUCGGACGAUGAGCUUGACGCAAUGUUUCCUCCGGGCUAUAAAGUGUUGCAGCCUCCUGCAGGUUACGUACCCAUUAGAACGCCUGCUAGAAAAUUAACGGCAACUCCCACACCUAUUGCUGGAACACCACAGGGAUUUUUCAUUCAGCAAGAAGAUAAAAAUUCAAAAUUAAUCGACAAUCAACCAAAGGGAAAUUUGCCUUUCAUGAAGCCAGAAGAUGCUCAGUAUUUUGAUAAACUGUUGGUGGACGUUGAUGAAGAAUCACUAAGUCCAGAGGAACAGAAAGAAAGAAAAAUCAUGAAGUUAUUGUUGAAAAUUAAAAAUGGCACACCACCAAUGCGUAAAGCCGCGUUGAGACAAAUAACGGACAAAGCGAGAGAAUUCGGUGCUGGUCCAUUGUUCAAUCAAAUUUUACCCCUUCUUAUGUCUCCAACUCUCGAAGAUCAAGAAAGACAUUUACUGGUUAAAGUAAUCGAUCGAAUUUUGUACAAACUAGAUGAUUUGGUCAGGCCUUAUGUACACAAGAUUCUCGUCGUCAUUGAACCUUUGCUAAUUGACGAAGAUUAUUAUGCCCGUGUAGAAGGCAGAGAGAUCAUUUCGAACUUGGCAAAAGCUGCUGGAUUGGCUACUAUGAUCUCUACCAUGAGGCCCGAUAUUGACAACAUUGACGAAUACGUCAGAAAUACGACAGCCAGAGCAUUUGCUGUGGUCGCGUCGGCUUUAGGAAUUCCAUCUCUUUUGCCUUUUUUGAAAGCUGUAUGCAGAAGUAAAAAAUCUUGGCAAGCAAGACACACGGGUAUCAAGAUAGUACAACAGAUUGCUAUUUUAAUGGGGUGUGCUAUCUUGCCUCAUUUGAAAAGUUUGGUUGAAAUCAUUGAGCAUGGUUUGGUGGAUGAACAACAAAAAGUUCGUACCAUCACUGCCUUGGCUAUAGCGGCAUUGGCUGAAGCAGCCACUCCUUACGGUAUUGAAAGUUUCGAUUCAGUACUGAAGCCUCUAUGGAAAGGUAUUCGUACGCAUAGAGGCAAAGGUCUGGCAGCUUUUCUCAAAGCCAUUGGUUAUUUGAUACCGCUUAUGGAUGCUGAGUAUGCCAACUACUAUACUCGAGAAGUAAUGUUGAUUCUGAUCCGAGAAUUCCAGUCGCCAGAUGAAGAAAUGAAGAAAAUUGUGUUAAAGGUCGUAAAACAAUGUUGUGGAACUGAUGGUGUGGAAGCCCAGUAUAUAAAAGAUGAAAUUUUGCCACAUUUCUUCAAACAUUUCUGGAAUCAUCGAAUGGCCCUAGAUCGUAGGAACUACCGACAGCUUGUAGAUACUACGGUUGAAAUUGCAAAUAAAGUUGGGGCCUCUGAAAUCAUCAACCGAGUUGUUGAUGAUUUGAAGGAUGAGAACGAACAGUACAGAAAGAUGGUAAUGGAAACUAUCGAAAAAAUCAUGAGCAAUCUUGGAGCAGCUGACGUUGAUUCUCGCCUCGAGGAACAGCUAAUUGACGGUAUUUUAUACGCUUUCCAAGAACAGACGACAGAGGACGUAGUUAUGCUGAACGGUUUUGGCACAAUUGUGAAUACACUUAGUAAACGAGUAAAGCCCUAUUUGCCGCAAAUUUGUGGUACAAUAUUAUGGAGGCUUAAUAAUAAAUCGGCGAAGGUAAGGCAGCAAGCUGCUGAUCUGAUAUCUCGCAUAGCGGUUGUUAUGAAGACUUGUCAAGAAGAAAAGCUCAUGGGACAUUUAGGAGUUGUGCUAUAUGAAUACUUAGGAGAAGAAUACCCCGAAGUACUGGGCAGUAUACUAGGAGCUUUAAAAGGCAUUGUCAAUGUAAUUGGAAUGACGAAAAUGACGCCGCCCAUAAAAGACCUUCUUCCAAGGUUAACGCCUAUUUUGAAGAACAGGCACGAAAAGGUGCAGGAGAAUUGUAUAGAUUUAGUUGGAAGGAUAGCCGACCGUGGACCCGAGUAUGUAUCGGCACGUGAAUGGAUGAGAAUUUGUUUCGAACUUUUGGAACUGCUCAAGGCCCACAAAAAAGCUAUAAGACGAGCCACAGUCAACACCUUUGGUUAUAUUGCCAAAGCUAUUGGGCCUCACGAUGUCUUGGCAACAUUAUUAAAUAAUCUAAAAGUUCAAGAGCGUCAAAACCGUGUAUGCACAACUGUAGCAAUCGCUAUUGUUGCUGAAACAUGCAGCCCAUUCACUGUAUUGCCAGCACUAAUGAAUGAAUACAGAGUUCCAGAAUUAAAUGUUCAAAACGGUGUUUUAAAAUCUCUAUCUUUCUUAUUUGAGUAUAUUGGAGAAAUGGGUAAAGAUUAUAUUUACGCUGUCAGUCCAUUACUUGAAGAUGCCCUAAUGGACAGGGAUCUCGUGCACAGACAAACAGCUUGUGCAGCAAUCAAGCACAUGUCGUUAGGCGUUCACGGAUUUGGCUGUGAAGAUGCCUUGGUACAUCUAUUAAAUUACGUAUGGCCGAACGUUUUUGAGACUUCUCCGCAUUUAGUUCAAGCAUUUAUGGAUGCUGUGGAUGGCUUACGAGUAUCACUGGGGCCAAUUAAAAUUCUACAGUACACUUUACAGGGUUUAUUCCAUCCUGCAAGGAAAGUUCGCGAUGUGUAUUGGAAGAUAUAUAACUCUUUGUAUAUCGGUGGACAAGAUGCUCUUGUUGCUGGCUAUCCGAGAAUAAUGAAUGACCCAAAGAAUCAAUAUAUUAGAUACGAGCUAGAUUAUGUUUUGUAAUUAGGGUACUAUUCUAAGUUAUUACAUAGGUAUUGUAUAACGUGCUAGCAACAUAAUUUGUGAAUUUUUAAAUAUUGACUGUACAAUAAAGAGAUUCAAUAUUC